UCGAAGGCGAACACUCCACCACCUGCACCACCGAGGAUAACUUUUGGAUAGCUUCCGGGAAAAUGCCGUACUACGAGGAGGAACGUCGCCACCACCACCACCACCACCACGGCGGCAGGCCGAUCGUGGAGGUGGACAUUGUGCCGCCGAGGAUUCCGCGCCCGGUGAUCGAGAUCGGAGUGGGUGGCCGCUACCCACCGCCGCCCCGCGUGGAGGUCAUCACCCCUGCCGCGGUCUACCAGCCGCCGCCGCCGCGUCCCAUCGUCGAGGUGGACGUGCUGCCGCCCAGCCGGCCCUUCAUCGAGUUCAACAUCGGCGGCCGCCGUCCGCCGCCCAGGGAGGAGGUCAUCAUCGUCCAGCAGCCCCCUCCGCCCAGGUGGUAGGCGUGGUCCUUCAAGGACGCGUGGAAAGAGCGGACCACUAAAUACUUCAACCAAAUUCACUGGAUAUAGGACUAAGCCUAAAUAAUAGCACAAAUAAAUAUAUAUUUAUCUAACUCACAAAGAAUGUUACUUUUCGAUCACUGUUUUAUAAAUAAAUAAAGCUAAAUUCUGUACAAGCUCCCCAA